GAUGUCAUUUUCACAGGGCGCUAUGGAGAGACGGCUCCUGAUAGUACUAUUUUUACCUCAAAUUCUUGCUGAUACCGUUAAGGUUCUCAACUAUAAAGUCAUUGACGAAACGCCUGAAGGACAUUUUAUUGGAAGCAUUGUACCAGACGCAAAUCUCCACUCCUCUUACACGCCUCAAAUACUUGCAAAUUUAAACUUUAAAAUUCUGGGAAAACCAAAAACCGAUAUAGUCCGUAUUGAUGAGGCGGGCGUCGUAGAAACUUCGCAGAGGGUUGACAGAGAAAACUUUUGCGCCAGGAUCAAAAAUUGUACCAUUAUUAUUGAUAUAGCAGUAUCUUCCCCUCAAACGGAUGUUAUAAUUGUUAAAGUUCAAAUAGUUGUUGAUGAUAUUAAUGAUUCGACACCCAGAUGGGAUACCAGUCACCUAAAUAAGGAAUUGCGCGAAUCAGCAGACAUUAACGCAACUCUUAGCAUUAAUCCAGCUAUUGACGAUGAUUCCCCAGCUAAUCGCUUUGGAGUGGUCACGUACUCUAUUCAGAAGGGACGUGACUUGUUCGAUCUUCGGCAACCGAUCGGUUCCGGAGAUGUGAAACUGUUAUUAAAGAGGAAAUUGGAUAGAGAAGAUACAGAAGUUCACAGAAUCAUACUACGAGCAACAGAUGGUGGAGGAAAGAGUAGUGACCUGCAAAUUCUUCUAAGGGUGCUAGAUAGCAACGACAAUUCACCAGUGUUCACUAAAUUGUCUUAUACAGUUACAGUUAAAGAGAAUGAUCUAAGAAUUGAGCCGCUAUUAACGGUCUCAGCUGUUGAUAAAGAUCAAGGAGAUAAUGGUCACGUGAUCUACGACUUUUCCCCAAGGACUAAGCAGCAAUACUCAAAUAUCUUUUCGCUAGGUAGAGAAACUGGGGAAAUUCAUGCCAAACAAGCUUUGGAUUACGAAACCAGAAACUAUUAUCAAUUAGAUAUUACAGCUCGAGAUAAAGGAGCUGAUUCUCAAACGGUACAGGCUACAGUGUAUAUUAAGGUCUCAGAUGAAAAUGAUCACUCUCCUGAAAUAAUUGUCAAUACCUUAACCGAGGAGGAUACGACCAAGGCCUAUGUCCUUGAAAAUAUAGCUAUGGAAUCAUUUAUUGCAUUUAUUACAGUUACCGAUGCAGAUACUGGAGAGGGUGGCAAAUUCAAAUGCCUUCUAAUUGAUAGCUCGAGGACUUUUGCAAUGACGUCAUUCUCGGAGGGGAGAUACAAACUUGUUACCAAGUUAAAUAUUGACAGAGAAAGUAGAGAUUUCUAUGUUGUUUCAAUCCAAUGCUCAGAUAUGGGUACACCGAAGAAAACAUCAGAGAAAAACUUGGAGAUAAUAAUAAUGGACGAAAAUGAUUUAUCACCAGUUUUCAGACAAACCGUCUAUAAGCAGACAAUUGGUGAGAAUAAUAUUAUUGGAAAAUAUAUUACUACCGUAAAUGCAACGGAUAAAGAUGAUCGAACUAAUGGAGAAGUUCGCUAUAGAUUUCCAGAUAAAGCUAUCUAUCAACAUUUGACUAUAAAUUCUAUUAAAGGUACUAUACAAGCAGCUGAAAGUUUCGACAGGGAAAAGUUACCGUUUUUGGAGACGCAGGUUGAAGCGUACGAUUUGGGUAAAAAGUCAAAUAGUGCGUUUGCUACUCUACAAUUAACUAUUUUGGAUGAAAAUGAUAAUAGUCCAUCAUUCUUAAGCGACUUUUACAAUUUCAAAGUCCAAGAAGAAGAGCAAUCUGGUACACUUGCUGGUCAGGUUGAAGCUGUUGACCCUGAUAGUGAUGACUUCAACGACUUUACUUAUUCCUUAAGAGGAACAGAUUUUUUCAGAAUAGAAGCAGAUUCUGGAAGAAUUUUAACGACAACGAGACUGGAUAGAGAGGAUAAAAAGUCGCAUAGAUUUAUUGCCGUAGCGACUGACAUACGUAAUACUCUCCUAAGUUCGGAGAUAGAAGUUACUGUAGAUAUAGAGGAUAUAAACGAUAAUCCUCCUCAAAUAACCUUCCCAAAAUCGGAAAACGCCUCUAUCUCCAUUUCAAGUUUCACUCCAGUUGGCAAAGUCAUUGGUACUGUUAUCGCUUGGGACCUGGAUGAACGGGACUCGUUAACAUAUCACUUAGAAACCGCUAGCGAAUAUUUCGUAAUGGAAUCGAUGUCAGGUAGGAUUAGGGUAUCAAAGGAUUUGACUGCGAUUGCCAACAGAGUUAUAAGAUUAGAUUUUCAAGUGAAAGACGGAGGUCUCAUAGAGGAGCACGCUACUCCGGCUUUCUUGAAUAUAUUUAUCAACAGUUCCCUGCCCUGGAAAGAAACUAAAAAGAAAUCAGAUGGAAAUCUAACUAUAGUUAUAGGACUUGCUUGCGCUACAGCGUUUAUUGCCGUAGCACUUUUGGCGGCAAUUUUUGCUUUAAAAAGACAAGAGAAAAGAGAUGAUAAAAGAUGUAAAGAUCUUCCAAUGGUGCGAUGUGGCAGUAUUAAGGCUUUAACGACGGCCGUUACUUACGAAAAUAAUCAGAAUAGUCUGCAAUCAACGCCUAGCAAAAGCUUCUCAGAGGUAUGUACGUAUGCGGGUGUGUUUGUGUAUGUAUGUACAUAG